AAAAAAAAGUGUAGGGAGCGUUCACGCCAUGAUAUUAGAGUGCUGCGAAUCCAACACGAAUAGUUAAGGUGAAUUAAAGAGUACGAGUAACGUUGCCAAGCACAGAAAUCUGGACCUCUACAACAAGGUAAAAAAAAAAAAAAAAAAUGUAUCUCCAUUAAAAGAAAAAGAAAAACCCUAGUGAAAAAUCACAAAAUAAAGAGACUUUGAUAACAUUCAUUCAUUCAUUUCACCUCUCUUUCUCUCUCUUGAAAUCAAAGGCCUUCAUAACUUUUCACUCAAGCUAUAUUUCCUCCUGUUUUGUCCCUACCUUUUUUAUACAAGUCGAUCCCUCUCUCUCAGUCCGUCCACUCCAAACUAAAAAACCGUGUUGAAUUAAUUUAUUUGAUUUUGAAUCCUUACUUCCUAGAAUGGAUUCGCAAGAGGAAAUGAACAUGAUGAACUUAAAUGGUGGGAAAAUGGGAAGUAACAACACAACAAACAGCAACUACCUUUGUAGGCAAAGUAGCACAAGGUGGACACCUACAACAGAACAAAUCAAGCUUCUUAAGGAGCUUUACUACAUCAAUGGUGUUCGGUCUCCUACUGCUGAUCAGAUUCAGAGCAUCUGUGCUAGAUUAAGGCGGUACGGUAAGAUUGAAGGCAAGAAUGUGUUUUACUGGUUUCAGAAUCAUAAGGCCAGGGAAAGACAGAAGAAGAGGCUUACUCCCACCUCCCCUACUGCUGCUGCUGCUGCUGCUGCUACUACUACUACUACUACUACUACUACUACUACUACUACUACUAAUAACAAUAUCAAUAUUAUUCCUACUACUCAAUUCCAUAAUAAUGGUACUCGAAACCAUCCCAUACAAAAUGGUGGUCUUACUUGGAAACAAGAUCAUCAGGAUGUAACUCUUCAAGCUAAAUACCAUUCCACCAUGAAUAAUCCUGGGGUUUCAUCGGUUGGAAAUGGUGGUGGGCAAUUGAUGGGGAGUUUCGGUGUUACCAUGGAGAACAAAUUUAGUGACUGUUCAAUAUCAGGAGGAAGAGGAAAUCAGUGGACUGCAGUUGGAGCUAAUUACAGCCAAUACACUCCUGCAUCUUACUCAAAUUUCUUGGGGAAGAUAUCAUCAAUUGGUGAAGAUCCUUACAAUUACAAUUACAAUUAUGACCAAGAUCAUUAUGGGACAGAAGAAACACCACAGAUAGAGACCCUUCCUCUCUUCCCUAUGCACAAUGAAGAGCAACACAAUAAUCACGAUCAUGAUCAAGGCUUCUACACCAUCAACCGUCCAUCAGACGGCUACUACACUGCUGGCUAUCGAUGCUCCAAUGCUAGCGGUGAUAAUACCUCCCUUGAGCUCAGCCUAAACUCCUAUGGCUAUGCCUAUGGCUACUAUUCCCCAAAUCUCUAAACUAUUAUUAUUCCAAGGGUUAACUUGUUUAAUUCGUCCUUGACUGUUUAAUCUUAAUUACCUAUUAACUACUUUUAGUUAGUCUGAUCAAAAUCAUUAUAUCAUUAGUAAGCUAAGCUUUUACUAAUUACUAGUCUUAAACAUGUGGAAUUUUAUCCAUUCCACUUUCAAGA